AUGUCAAGAGUUCAAGCCAAUGUCAACCAAUUGAGAAGAGAUAGAGAAGAAACUAGUGACACCCGUGUAGUUGAGAAAAUUCUUCGCUCAUUAGAUUCAAAGUUCGAGCAUAUUGUUCUUGCUAUUGAAGAGUCCAAGGACCUGGACACUAUAACGGUUGAUCAACUUUCUGGAUCAUUGAAAGCUCAUGAGGAAAGAUUGAAGAAGAAAACUCAAGAACCAGUUGUGGAGAAAGUCUUACAAACAAAGCUUACUUUAAAUGAUGAAGAAAGCUCAAGAAGUGGAACAAGUCGUGGUUGUGGAAGAGGAAGAGGUGGCAGAGGAAUAAGAGGUGGAAGAGGAGGAAGAAGUGGCAGAGGCGAUUUCAAGUCAAGUGGUGGUGGAAAUGUCCGAGGGAAGUCUAAUUAUGCAGAAGCAGACAAAGAAGCCACUUUGCUGUCGGCCUACAAAUGUGAAGAAAAAACUAGAAAGAAUGGAGAGUUAUGGUAUUUGGACACUGGAGCAAGCAACCAUAUGUGCGGAAAUAAAGAUUUAUUUGUUGACCUUGAUGAAAAGUUGGGUGGCAAGAUCACUUUUGGAGAUGAUUCGAAGAUUUCAGUUCAAGGCAAAGGUAAAAUAUUAAUUUGUUUGAAGGAUGGCAGCCAUUUAUUUAUUUCAAAUGUUUAUUAUGUGCCUACUAUGAAGAGUAAUAUUUUGAGUUUGGGCCAAUUGCUGGAGAAAGGAUACAAUAUGCAGUUGAUUGAUUGUAGUCUCUCAAUUAGAGAUGAACAAAACAGGUUAAUUGCUAAACUUUCAAUGACAAAGAAUAGGAUGUUUUUGCUGAAUAUUCAAAGUGAAGCUGCAAAGUGUCUGAAGCUUGUUUCAAAGAUCCUUCUUGGCUAUGGCACUUGA